UGAAAUAUAUAGAAUACGCAGUAUGCCGGGUAUUAUGAUUAUUACAAUGCUAGUGCCCAGCAACAGCAACAGCAACAGCAACAGCGCCAAGACAUGUAUUACGAGCAUCAGCAGCAGCAGCAAAUGUCGAUGGAUAGCAACAGAUACUCGUCUACAGGGAUGGCACCAUCGCAAUAUCCAAACGGAGCAUACGGGUCAAAUGAAUACGGUGGAUAUCCUUACGACAAUUCAUAUUCGCAAAACUAUCAUCAUCAGCCUCCUACUACGCCAAUGCCUAACCGUACUUCUAGCAGUAACUACGGUAUGGCCUAUCCACCGCAACGACUUGUAGACCCAUCCGGGCCACCACCGCCGCCCACGCAUUUUGGAAACGCUGGCGCCUACUCACCACCCGUCGUCGCGGCUCAGCCGUAUUCACCACAAGAUUACCAACAAGCACGCGGUACACCUCCAGGAUCACCAGCAGCUCGUCAAUCGUACCAAGCAUCCCCGCAACCUCAGCAUCAGCAGAUGCUCCAACAGCAGCAAGCGCCACCGCCACCACCUCCUGUCGGUUACACUUCGGCUGGAUAUUCGCAACCGAGUAGCAGCUAUUCGCGACCGUCUUCGCAGGAUUAUGGUGGAAGUAAUAGCAGUAACAGUAUGGGUGGCGUUGGAACAUAUCGCUCGGACACUACGACAACGACGACCUCGCAUCGACGCACACCGUCAUCGCUGAAGAAUACAAUCAUGACUAUCGAAAGACCCAAAUAUACGAGACCCUCCGCUAUUGAUACUUCGCAAGUCGGAGAGGGUGAAGAGGCACCUUUUAUUGCCGUUUCUCCGAUCUCAAGCGACGAUGAAGAUGAUUACCCAUUUAAUGGUCCUAGCACUACUGCUGUAAACACAAACAACAAUAACUACAAUAGUUAUAACAGUAAAAAUAGCCCUGCCGCUACUGCUGCUGUCGUGGCAGAUACUACUACCUUCACUCCUACCGCUGAUACGACGACAACGACAGCAUCUUCACCUGUAUCUCCACCACCCACGCGAUUCUCGGUCGUGUCCCCGAGGAAACAAGAAGGAGAUGUUCAUCAUAAUCAGGACGAGAUUGACGAGGGGAUUGACCCUAUCAUGCACGACGAACGACCAACGGCUGCACAGCGUAAUUCGUCCAUGUCACGUAUGUCAGUUGAAGCGAAUGUGGAUUAUUCAAUAAUGUCAGAGCUUUCUGUGGCGUUCAGAAGACGUAUGAAGCGUAUUACCAACGUGCGUGAGGUGAACAGUUCUGCCGAGUAUCCAGAAUCAUUUAGCGGACAUGAAGCUAUCGAUUUGUUGCAGGAAAUUUUAUCCGACAAAGGCAUUCCAGAUGGUUAUUGUAUUCUUAUUGCCAAUGCAUUGAUGAACUGUGCACCACCUUUGUUCCAACCGAUUCGUCAGAACCACAAGUCUUGGAUCACCAAUGAAGUAUAUGAUUCGUCGGACAAGUUUUAUACUUUUGACGAAGAUGAUACGGAUAGCGAUAUUCCUGUCGGCGUUUUCACGUCGUUGACGAAAUGCUACACGUAUGGUUGUGAACCGGAGCAAGGCGGUUGUUAUGCGCCUAGAUGUCCAAAUAACCCGGCCAUCUUUGAAAGCGAAAUCAUGGUACAUGCCGGUCUUACACGCCGCUCAUCUACUAGAUCAAAUGCAUCUGUGGACGACACUAAAUCUUUCCCACAUACAGCAUGGGCUGAACGAGUGCCACGCGAAUUGUUGGAGAAUACACCAAAGAAAGAGCGUGAACGACAGGAAGCUAUCAAUGAAAUGAUUUACUCGGAAGAAGUGUAUCGUGGUGAUUUGGAUACGUUGCAUGAGGUAAUUGUCAUGCCUUUGCUCAGUUCGAACGCGAUUGAAGAAUCACGCCGCACGCAGUUUGUCCGAGAGGUGUUCAACAACUAUCAUAUGCUGCGAGAGUUGAGUGACGCACUUUACAAAGAUCUACUCGAACUCCAGCGACGAAACGAUCAAAAAUGCGUUCCCCAAAUUGGCGAUAUUCUUGUUGACCAUUUCACUUACUUUUCCGACCCAUACACGACCUAUACUCCAAACGUACCACUUGCCGAAUACAAGAUUAAGAUUGAAAAGCAACGCAACCCCGAUUUUGCUCGGUUCAUCAAUGACAUGGAAGGCAACACACGCAUGCGACGAUUGGCGUUCCGUCACUUUUUAUUGAAUCCUGUCACGCGUAUGCAGCGUUAUCCUCUUUUGCUUGAAGCCAUCAUCAAAAAGACACCGGAAGAUCAUGACGAUCGCAAAUAUCUGACAACCUGCAAGAAGCUGAUCCAAACGAUUGCAUCGCGCUCAGAUUUCCAGACGGAAGCUGUCAAGCAACAUGUGGAAAUAUUAGAGAUCAAUGACCAGCUUACAUACAAGCAAGGCGAGAGCCAUGAUCUGCAGCUUGGAGAUAGUCAUCGUCGACUCUAUUAUCAUGGGGAUCUGAAACGACGUGCACAGGCCAUCGAAGUGACAGAAAAGAGCGACAUCCAUGCGUUUGUAUUCGACCAUCUCUUUUUGAUGACAAAGUAUCGAAAGACAAACACUGGCGAGGAAUAUCGUAUUUGGAAACGGCCUAUACAGCUCCAGAUGCUUUUCGUUCAGGGCGGCACCGAUUAUCCAGUUUCUGCUGGAUCGCGACCGCCAAUGUCUAACUCUUCAAGCUCUUACAUGCUCCAGGGUGCAACGACUACUGUCGCUGGUGGUGCCGUGCCAUUAACUUUGCAGCACUUGGGUCAACGGGACGGUCUGUACCAUUUCUUCUGUAAUUCAAUGGAUGAGCGGUACCACUGGAUCAAAGCAAUUGAGGAUGCCAAGGCAGCACUCAAGAAGCGACAAGGUGAUAACGACGUAUUCGAAAUGCGGACGCUGGACGAUGCAUCCUUCCGAUACUUGGGCUCGGUCAACUCGGCGAUUGGUCAAGGUCGUAUUACUUGCUCGGUGCCCUUCCAAUCGGUAAAUGGAGAGCAAAAGAUAGUUAUUGGUACGGAUGUGGGUGUCUAUAUCAAGUCAUUACAGCAAGCCAGCGAUAUACGACGCGUUCUUCCGUCCGAUAAUGUCACCCAGGUGGCCAUGAUGGAGCGACAGCAUAUCUUGCUAGUGUUGGCUGACAAGGUACUGAAGGCAUAUUCAAUUGAUGCACUGGAUUCGCCAAACUCAACGAGGGCACCAGACCGGACGGGACACGAAGUUGCACAGAACGUCAACUUUUUCCAAGUGGGUUAUUGUAACGGCAAAGAUUUGGUUGUAUACAAGAAAAAGAAGAGCACGAGCAGCGUGUUUGUUGCAGUGGAGCCCAUUUGUGACCUACGCCAUCCAAAGAGUGAAAAGCUGCUGACGCAACGAACGGGAUUGUUUUCGAGUCGAGGAUCAAGUCAUUCAUGGUUCAAGACAUACAAGGAGUUCUACGUUGGAGCGGAGGCGAGCAAUAUUCACUUUUUGAAAUCGAAAGUGAGCGUUGUUGUCGAAGCACGAGGGUUUGAAAUCAUUGACCCGGAGAACUUGGCUGUCGGAGGACGGAACAUCCCCGACAGUGCAAACCCUGAAUUCAACUUCAUUCAGCGUCAUACGGAGCCUUUGAAGCCUCUGGCAAUGUAUCGUAUCCAAGACAAGUUUUUGCUCUGCUACAAUCGGUUUGCCUUUUACGUCAACAACCGUAAUGGAUCGUUGGUGCAGCGUGGUGCUGGAAAAUCGCUCUUGUGCGAAUGGAACGGCACCCCAGACCAUAUAGUAUAUCAGCACCCAUAUAUCAUUGCUGUGGAUCAGCAAUUCAUUGAGAUCCGGCACGUGGAUACGGGUGAAUUGGUGCAAAUUAUCAGAGGUGAUAACAUGCGUCUUACACACUACAAUGGAAGUGGUGACACGCCUAUUAUCCAUGGUUGCAUGAACCAUUCGCAAAAGCCCGAUACGCAGUACCUGUUCCACCUCUGGCUAACCAACCAGCAUCAACAACAACGUACCAAUAACGCAUACCCACGCAGAUGAUGAAAGAGGAAAUUUCUCUCUUUUUCCCUUCUCUCUUUGACACAUACA